AUGGCCGCGCCGCCACUCCGGCCGGAGGCGGAAGAGGGCGGCAAGGGCGCCGAGGUCUGCCUGUUCGACCAGUCGCAGGAGGAUUUCUCCAGGGCGGUACGCGCCAUCUCGGAGCUCGCCACCGGCGACCCCCAGCCGGGGUUCCCUGACGCCGAAGUAGAAAGGCUCGCCUCCUCAGUGACGUUCCUCAGAGAAUGGAGGCAUUUCUCUUAUGAGCCAAAAGGUGUGAGUUUCGUUUACGGCGCUGGACCAGCUUCAUCCGCAGAUGACACACCUGAGAUAACCUUACCACAGUUCUCAUCUGCAUCUUUUCCUCAGUGCGAAUCAAUGCAGGUCACACACUUGGAAGGUGGGAGAGAUAAGAAUACAGACAGUUCUGAUUUCAUUUUGUUCGCUGGGGGAAGUGUUUGGUCGCUGGACUGGUGCCCAAAGUUGUGCGACAAGCCUUGUUCUCGUGUAAAUUGUGAGUAUCUUGCUGUUGCUGCUCAUCCUCCUGGUUCUUCUUACCAUAAGCUUGGUAUGCCAUUGAUUGGCAGAGGUAUCAUUCAAGUUUGGUGUCUCGUAGCACCCUUUGAAGAGGCAGAUCCUCAUCAGUCAAUGAUUGCGUACAGUAAGAGCAAUCGUAGAGGAAGGCCUAGAAAAAUACCAGACGAGAAUAACUCCAUUGAGAGUUCAUCAGUUCCUCGAAAACCGAUAGGGAGACCAAGAAAGAUAAAACUGACAACCACUGAUGAUCACACAGAACCAUGUCUGAAAAAACCAAGGGGCAGACCAAGAAAGAUAGAACCAGCAACUACUGCUGAUCAGGAAGAACCAAGUAUGAAAAAACCAAGGGGGAGACCAAGAAAGAUAGAACCAGCAACUACUGAUGAUCACGAAGAACCAAGUAUGAAAAAGCCAAGGGGGAGACCAAGAAAGAUAAAACCUGCAACUGCUGAUGAUUACGCAGAACCAAGUCUGAGAAAACCAAGGGGGAGACCAAGAAAGAUAAAACCUGCAACUGCUGAUGAUUACUCAGAACCAAGUCUGAGAAAACCAAGGGGAAGACCAAGAAAGAUAAAACCUGCAACUACUGCUGAUCAUGCAGAACCAAGUCUGAGAAAAACAAGGGGCAGACCAAGGAAAACCAAGUGCAAUGUCCAUUUGAAUGCUGCAUCAUUUGAUGCCGCAUCAUUAGCACUUGGCUUGUGCAAUGCAAAUUACAAGGAAGAAUCAAGUGCCCAACAUAGAAAGAAGUCUGUUUCAACAGAGUGUAGUUCUUCAACCACAUUCAGUGGCAAAGAACAAAACAAUCAGCCAACUCCCAAACCAAGUGACAAUGUGGUCUCAGUUGAAAAGUGCAAGAAAGAAUUACUUGUCUACACCAGAAGGCGUGUACGACCUCCUACAAAGAAAUCUGCUCCGAAUGAGACUUGCUCACUGGCUCUUAGUGAUGACGUACAGAAGAUGGAGACAUCCUACACAUCCAUCAUGCCAAAUAAUCAUUUGUCUUCUGUUGAGGAUCCCAAACUAUCGGGUUCAUCUAUGAGUGAAGACAUGACUAAUGAGGCUGGUUUGGUUGGAUGUAAGAGCACAGUUAUUAACUGUGAGGUCAUGGAAAUGAAUGAUGGUGAGGCUGCCAAUCAAGUUGUCCAUGCUCCUUUUGAAGAUAGUGCCCAGAUGAUUGUUGAAGUGGAAAAUACAGAAGUAUCUCCAAUACAAAAAUCAAGUAAAAAUGAUAAUAUAAUUACUUGUGCAGAAAACUCAAACCUUUCUGCAAUCCCCAAGGGCAUUCAUCUACCAAGGGUCGUCUUGUGUUUAGCUCAUAAUGGAAAAGUUGCUUGGGACAUCAAAUGGAAGCCUCCUUUACAAAAUCAGUUAGAACAGAAAUCACGUUUGGGUUUUCUUGCAAUACUGUUGGGAAAUGGCUCACUGGAAGUAUGGGAAGUUCCAUCUCCAAGCAUAAUCCAGAAGAUAUAUUCAUCUUCUUUGAUGAAGGGUACCGACCCUCGCUUUCUAAAGCUGCGGCCUGUAUUUAGGUGUGCUAAAGUGAAGUGCGGGAACAUACAGAGCAUUCCCUUGACAGUUGAUUGGUCGCCUUCUCCUCAUGAUAUGAUACUGGCAGGAUGUCAUGAUGGAACGGUUGCUUUAUGGAAGUUCUCUACAGACUUGCCAGCACAAGAUUCAAAACCUUUUAUGUGUGUCACUGCUGAGUCUGUUCCCAUCAGAGCCCUCUCGUGGGCACCAUAUGUAAGUGAGGAAGAGACAAACACCUUUGUCACUGCUGGAGAUGAUGGCCUAAAAUUCUGGGAUUUAAGAGAUCCAUACCGUCCUCUGUGGGAACUAACUACUGCCCCAAGGGCUGUUUUAAGUCUUCAUUGGUUAAAGGAUGCAAGAGGUAUUGUCAUCUCAUUGGAAGAUGGUACAUUGAAGUUCCUCAGCUUACCUACAAUAGCCAAUGAUGUACCUGUCACCGGAAGGCCAUUCACUGGGACUAAAACUCAGGGCAUUCGUACUUAUCAAUUAUCAGAAUAUUUGAUAUGGGACGUCCAUGUCUCAGAAAUUACAGGUCAAGCAGCUUAUUGCGUGGUAGAUGGUACUGCUGUCCGCUUCCAGCUUACUAAGAGAUUCUGGGAGAAGAAACCUGGGAGGAACCGUGUACCUUAUUUCCUCUGUGGUUCACUGGCAGAGGAGGGGACAGUCAUUAAGAUCGGUGGCACGUUGCAAAGCUCUCCUUUAUCGAAUGUUCCUCUGGUCACGAAAAAGGGUCCAGAAUCAUGCCAAGAUGUAGAUCAAACGGACGAUAUGCGGAAAGAGGAACUACGGACUCUCACUAACUCAGAACAUGUAGAUCCAGAACUCAGAGAUGGUGAGCUAGAUGAAGGCCGAGAAACUAGUGCUCUAGUUUUAGCUGAUGCUCUAAUGCAAGAGAGUGAUGGCAUGCACAACGGCCCAGUUGAUGAAAACGCUAAAGACGACUUGGAGGCCUUCCCUCCCAAAUCUGUAGCGCUGCAUCGGUUGAGAUGGAACACAAAUAGAGGCAGCGAGAGAUGGUUAUGCUAUGGAGGCGCCGCAGGCAUUAUUCGUUGUCAGAGGAUCUAA